AUGCCUUCUUCGAGCACACAAGCUGCCUGUUCGUCAUCUUAUUCUUGUCCAGAUUAUGCGGACGCCUUUGCUCAGCAUGAAACAGGGUUGGUACAGACCUGGAGGCGGGCUAUUGAGGCAGCGGCUCAUUCUGCUGGAUAUGUUGCUCAAUAUAUCGGUUUUAUUUUCCUUUGUAGUGGAGUGUCAGGAUUAACAGCAAAUAUUGUUCAAACAAUACGGAAAAAGCUAGGCAGUCCAAUUCAGAAUGAGGAGAUUGGAGGUGCUGAUGUCUCCAGCAAUCCAGAGUAUCAUGGCUCUGUUUUACAGUGUUUCAAGGAAAUUGCAAGGGGCAAUCACUACAAUGAUGUUAAUUCUCUUGCACUGAAGAUUAGUAGACGAAGACUAGCACUUACAAAUUGGGAAAAGGGUGGUCUUAUUGGAAAAGGUUCAUUCGGAUCUGUAUACAAAGGAUCUAAUGAAAAGGGAUCAUUUUUUGCUGUGAAGGAAGUUUCGCUUAGUAAUAAAAGAAGUCUAGGCCCUCUCCGGAACGAGAUUUCUAUAUUGACAGGUUUGGAUCACGAAAACAUAAUUCAGUAUUAUGGAACAUACGAGGAUGAAGAAAAGCUUUGUAUUUUUCUAGAGCUUGUAAGUCAUGGCACCCUUGAACAAGCAUAUAAGAAUUGCCCUUUCAAGGAAUUCCAAGUUUCUCAUUAUACUCGACAGAUAUUGCAAGGUCUGAAGUAUCUUCAUGGUUGUAAUGUGAUUCAUAGAGAUCUUAAAUGUGCAAACAUACUGGUGACCGAGUUUGGAAACAUAAAACUUGCUGAUUUUGGUCUGUCGAAAUGCAUGGAAGAUGGUCAGUCUUUGAAGCCUGGCUCGAGAAGUUCAUUAUGGAUGGCUCCGGAAGUUGCCAAUCCUAAAAGUGGCGGGUAUGAUUUUCGAGCUGAUACAUGGAGCCUUGGAUGCGCUGUGGUGGAAAUGUCGACCGGAAAGUCUCCACAGUAUAAUGUCAGGGAUGCCUUGGCCUUAGAACGUGCAAUUAGAAAGGGCACAGGACCUAUUAUUCCUAAUUCUCUCUCACAUACUUUGAAGGACUUCAUCAAUAAAUGCCUGCAGCCCGAUCCAAAUAAGCGUCCAACUGCUGCCGAGCUUUUAGCUCAUCCUUUCGUGAAUGAAUCAUCUUGCACGCAACCUGAUCUUAGCGAAUUGCUGUUCGGUGAAAGAUUAACCUUUAACAUUUUUUUCUCAAAUCUUAUAUAUUGUAUUAUGAACUUGGAUUCUAAAUCUGUGAGUUCAACCUUUUAGUUUUGAUGAAUCUGUACUCUGUGCUGUUGAGCAUUCCCAGCUGUACUCAAUGAAGUUGGUUAGAUGUACUAAUCAGGAUGCUCAUACUUUAAGCAAACUGGCUAUUAGCUCAGAUCAGCAGCAAA